UCGAGUCGAAUAAAAAGUGGGGAGAUGGAGUGAAAAGACGCUCAAUCGCCGCGUGCAACGGAAACCUGAGUUUUGUCCGAGUCGAGUAUAGUGAGAAACGGCGCGAGGCAGUGAAUGGGCAUUUUGCAAACUGUUGGCGAGCAUUUGAGGAGGAGAGCUCGAGUUGCGAAUUCUAUAUGAGAAUUCUAUUCUCUCGCGGCAGUGGAACCGCGAGGAGUGCGGCAGCGGUCGCAGGAAACGGAUUCCAGUGUGCGAGGAAGGAGAGGGAAGGGGUGGUGGUGAUCAUGGGCGCGACGGGAACGGGGAAGUCGAAGCUAUCCAUUGACAUCGCUAGCCAGUUUCGAGGGGAGGUGGUGAACGCCGACAAGAUCCAGGUUUAUCGUGGUCUGGAUAUCACUACCAACAAGAUGCCACUCGAAGAGCGGCGAGGAGUGCCGCACCAUUUGUUGGGGGAGUUGGACCCUUUAGCCGGCGAGCUUCCACCGGCGGCGUUCCGCACGAUGGCGAGGGCUGCGGUGGCGAAUAUUGCAUCGCGGGGGAGGGUUCCUGUGGUGGCUGGAGGAUCCAACUCUUAUAUCCACGCGAUGAUGGUAGACCGCUAUGACGAAAGGGAAAAUCCGUUCGUCGGAACUUCCGUGGCGAGGCAUUGGUUGAGGUACCGGAGCUGCUUGCUGUGGGUGGACGUGGAGACGGCAGUGCUUGCCGAGCAUCUGGACCGGCGGGUGGACGAGAUGGUGGGUAUGGGGAUGGUGGAGGAGCUGGGCAGGUACUUUGCCAGGACGGCGGCGGAAGAGCGGCACCCUGGGCUGGGAAAGGCGAUUGGGGUCCCGGAAUUUAAGGAGUAUUUUCGGAGAGGUACUGUGGCUGCUUACGAGGAGGCGCUGGCGGCGAUUAAGGAGAAUACGCGGCGGUUGGCAGCGCAGCAGGUAAGAAAGAUAGUGCGGCUUGGGGAGUUGGGAUGGCCAAUGAAAAGGUUGGACGCAUCGCCUGUAGUGGAAGCGCGGCUCGCCGGCGCUGGACGGGAGGCGGAAGUUGAGGCAUGGGAGCGGGGCGUGCUGGGACCAAGCCUCCGCGCAGUCGAGCGUUUCCUGCAGGAGGACUUGGGUCGUCAGCGACUACACCCCCCUUUUUAAUAACUGCAGCUCCUUAACGUUUCUCGCGUGCGGGCUCCUCCGCCUCUCUCCCA